UCCUGCGAGUUAGCAAUAAUCAUAGCUUGUUCCAGAUGUCGUUUUUUUCGCAAAAGUUGACAAUGGAUUAAAUGGAUAGUAGUUGUUGACGCUGUUGACAGCUCGUAUUUAUGUCGUUUGAAGUGGUUUGAAGCCUUAAAGAGAAGAGAUACCUUGUUUGUUAUAUAAAAAAAGUUAAUUAAAAAUACAUCUUUGUCAUCUCAGCAGCGAGAAGAGAUCCCUGACGAGUUGGAUGACAAAGCGAAAUAUUGUCUCCUAAAUGACAAGAUAUCGAUUAACAGAGGAAAAAUAGAUGUAAAAUUUGAAACCAGAGGAAGGUGGAAAAGCCUAUAACUUCUUACAGUUGGAAGCACUCUUUUUAAAAAAAAAGAGCAAUUGAAGCAAGUUAACCUUAACUUUCAUAUAAUAUAUGAAAGUAGAUGGAGAAAAGAAAAUUUAGAACAUUCCAAAUUAUAGGAUUUAUAAGAAAACCAGAAAAGCUUUCGAGGAAAGCAGAGUGACACCAUGAAUGUCCUUACGCGGUGUCCCGGACUGUACUGCGGUAGGGAAUGGUUAUCGGAUGGAAAUUGGAGCGAUUGUGGUGCUUGCCCUCGCGGCUUCCGCGCCAACGCCUCAUCGGCGUGCGAACCCUGCGAGGACGCGCCGAUGUUCUACGACUGGCUCUAUCUUGGCUUCAUGGUUCUGCUAGCCUUGGUGCUGCAUUGGUUCUGCAUCGACAUGGUGGCUAUGCGUCGUAAUAUACCCAAAGAGGUGAUCGUCCUUCACCUGUCCGCAUUGUUCGAGGUGGUCGUGGCAUCCCUCAUAGUCCUGCAGCUGACACAUCCCAUCGGGACGUUCAGUAUCAAGUCGUGCAAGGCGAAAAAAUUAUCGGACUGGUACACGCUGCUGCAUAAUCCGAAUCCCAAUUACGAAGCGACCUUACACUGCACACAGGAGGCAGUUUAUCCGUUGUACACUAUGGUUUUUGUCUUCUACGCCUUAGGAAUAGUCCUUAUGUUAUUAAUAAGGCCACUAAUAGUCAGGAAAUUUUUGCCAAAGCAGGGCAAGUUCUCUAUUUAUGCAGCGUUGUAUUUCUAUCCAAUUCUUGCGCUGCUCCACGCCGUAGGAGGAGGUCUAAUAUAUUACUCUUUUCCUUAUAUUACUAUUAUUCUAUCGGUGCUUUCGAAUGCAGCGCAUUUUGCGUUUAAACUGAACCAAACGGUAAAGUCGUUACUGCUGAGCUCCGUUUCGGAUAUAAAGAACGUGAUCGUUAUUUUGGGCCACUGGCUGCUGCAUGGAUACGGCGUGAUAGCGGUCGCGACUCUUCGCGGAAUCAGCAUUCAUCCCGCAAUGUUGCUCUUAGUCGUCUUACCAGCUCUGUUUUACAUCAUAACGGCGAAAUUCACCGAUCCACAUAAGCUUCAUAUCGAAUAAAUCUUCCAAACAGAACAUACUUGUAUAUACUAUCUCCUACUCCUAUUCAAGAUUGAUAUAUUUAGGCUGUGUAUUUAUUAUGUAAUAAAAAUCAAGAAUUUGCGGACAUGCGUCUGAAAGCAUCGUUGUAUUCUUUUAAUAAAGAUCUUUUUUAACA